AUGGCAUGGCAUCGCCUACGUCGAUGUAUUCGAAUGGUACAAUCGAAAACGGGUCGAAUGAUUAUUAUGCUUAUAUUAACAGUUGGUAUAGCAAUAGCUGAAAUUGGAUAUGGAAUUCGUUCUCGAUCACAAUUACUUAUUGCUGAUGGACUUUUUUCAUUUGCUGAAGGUGUUGCAUUAGUUGGUUCAUUACUUGCAUUACGUUAUGCAAAAAUUGAACGUUUAGAUUCUAAAAAUACUUUUGGUUGGGCUCGUUUAGAAUUACUUGCUGGUCUUUUACAAGAAGUUCUUUUAUUAUCUUUAUCAUUUUCAAUUAUUGUUGAUGCAAUUAAUAAAUUAAUCAAUCCAAAUCAUAUAGAAGAUCCAUCUGCUAUGAUUUAUUUAGGUAUAGCUGGAUUUUGUAUUGGUUUAUUAGGUUUAUUUUUAUUUCGUGGUUAUCAUCAUGAUCAUAAUAUAGGCGAUGAAAUUGUCGAACAGAAAAAAAAUGAUUUUCUACAAAGUGUAUAUGACACAUUACGAAAUCUUCAUUUAAAUCAUACAAAUCCAGAAUCAUCGUUAACUGAACAAAAAAAUAUUUCAAGAAAAUCUCCAUUAGUAAUUAAUGAAACAUCAUUAAAUAUAAAUGAACAAACAAGAAAACGACAUGAGUCAAUUUUACCAUCAUUAAAUGAUACAUAUACAAAUGCAUUUAUGGUUGCUGAUAAACUUCAACAAGAAACUAUUAAUUAUAAUGAACACCAAUUAAAGAUACCAGAUAAAAUAGCAAUUGAAUUAAAUCGUAUGAGAACGAAAAGUGGAGAAUCAGCAGUAUCUUCAACAUUGAUUUUUGAUGAAGAUCAACCAGUAUUUGAUGAUGAUUUUCAAGAAUCACGAGUUUAUGCAACACUUCAUGCGCUUUGUUUACAUUCAUUGGCUGUUCUUCUUGAAUCAUCUAUUGUACUUAUAUCUGGUUUAUUAAAUAAAUUUAUUCCAAGUAAAGAUCCAAGAACGAAUGAACCGAUAAAUAUUUGGUUAAAAUAUAUUGAUCCUGCAUUAACAUUAUUAAUGGUAAUAAUAAUAGCAGUGAAAGCUAUUCCUGUUAUAUGGUCAUUAGGUCAUAUACUUGUUGAAGCUGUUCCAUCAGGUAUUAAUACACGUCAAUUAAUUCAAACAAUUAUGAAAACAAUACCACAAAUACGUGGUGUACAUAGUGUACAUGUCUGGAGAGCAACAGCUCGAGAUGUAUUUGCAACAUUACAUGUUGUUUGUGAUGAAGAUUUAUCAUUAAGUACAUGUCGAGACUUAUUUGGUCGACGAUUACAAAGAAUAUUUGAAACACAUUGUAUUUAUCAUUUUACUUUACAAUUUGAAUACAUUAAACCUGGUGAAAAUAUGAAUAAAUGUGCAUAUGGUACUCGACGACGACAUCAUGGUCAUCAAUCGAGUUCUGAAAAUGAUGGUAAUAUGAUUCAAUCACAGACUGAUUUACAUGUGAAUUCAUUUAAGACAAAUCAUGUUAAUUCUAAUUCAAUUGAACAACGUAUAUAA